CGGACACAGGAGACGUCCAGGGACGAUACGGCUCACGGUGUAAGUGGCCUUAUACACCAAUAACAACAACAAAGCCUCACUUCCUCGCCAAAAAUCGUCAAAAAGUCGCCAAAUCGUCGCCCAAACCGGAUUUUGUCAUUGAAAAUGAACUACCUAUCAGUGAUGUGUAGAGCACUUCCUCAGGGCCUCUCUAGGGUCAUUCCAUCAUUUGAAAGGUCAUUAGAGAAGCCGCUGGAGAGGUCGUUGGUGAGGUCAUUCCACUUCCUGCAACCGGUUGAGUCAACAACUACAACACAGUCAUCUAUCCUUAAGGUAGUUGGUGUGUCACUGGUGCCGGCACGCAGCAUGAAGCAGAAGGGUCGGCUGCGGCUCCGGUGCCAAGGUUGCUACUACACUAUGCGCCAGGGUCGCCUCUAUGUCAUGUGUAACCUCAAGCCGCGCCACAAACAGAUGGCCAUGCAGAAGAAAGAGAAAAACACCUGGAUACUCACACAUGCCACGCAGUCACCCAUGCGGCCGUGGUAGCCACGUGUCUGUGUUCCAUCGCUCGGGCAUGCUAACAGUCGCACCGUCUCUUGUGUAUUUUAUUAGGAUUGCGAUAUUGUCAGUAUUUUGUGAUUUGCAUUUUGUGUAAUUCUAGCAUCCUGGAUUUUGAAUUUUGUGAUGAUAUGGUGAUACUGUAUCUGCAUUCUAUCAUUCGGGCACACUCAUAGUUGCACCGUCUUUAGUGUAUUUCAUUACAGUUACAAUAUUGUAAAUAUUUUGUAAUCUA